GUAGAUGUCUGAGAGACGUCUUGGAGACUCUUAGACCUAAACCUGUUUUAGUUUUACCACGCUCCUCAACAGAAUCCGGUUCGUUUGACUGAAUCAAAAGAACCUUCUCCUGCUUCCUGCCUGCUUCAGAGCUCUGUUGGCUUUACUGAUGAUGAAGUGGUUCCUGUUCCUCGCUGCUUUCCUUCCCAUCACUCCCACUAUGACUGAGGUGGUGGCCUCAGUGUCUGAUUGCUCUGAGUUUCUUCUUGGGGGACGUCCUCCAAAGAUCCCAGGUAUCAUAGAGAACGGUGCCAUUCAGAACCAGAAUCGAUACAAACCCAUCUGCCAGACUUUCAACAACAAGAGAAGGUUUUUGACUGUCUACGACACCACGAACAAGAUUCCAGUGUUUUCUGCAUACAAGUUUAAAAAGGUAACAGCUGAGGAAAGACCGAACAUACCUUGGAUGGUCGAGCCACAGCUUUCAGGGGAUACAGACAAAAACAUGAAGAACUACACACCAAAGAAAUAUGACAAGCAAGCCAUUGACGGUGUUCCACAAGUAAAAAACUUUAACAGAGGCAGAUGGAGAGUCGUGGAGGACCGUGUUAAAAGUCUGAUGGAAAAAGUCUGUAUCAAUAAUGGUGUCAUUGAAGGAUUUGUAGUGGUUGGAGCACAUCCCAGUACUAACAAGGUUCUAAAUAACAGGGUAAAUAUUCCUAAAAUGCUCUGGUCAGCAUUUUACUGUUAUAAUUCCACCGAGAAUAAAUGGCUUGCAAGUGCUUACUGGGGCAACAACACUGAUGAAAAAGAACCUCUCUCCAUAAAGACUGUGGACCAACUGAACACAGAACUGAACAAAGAACUGAAAACGACGUCCGUUAAUGUGUUUCCUGGAUAAAACGAGUGUCUCGAAUCAACUGUUACUGAGUUUUACUAAGAGUUAGAUAAAACAUUUUGAAAAAGACCAAAAGAAAUAAAGAAAAAAUAAAAUAAAGGAGAAAAGAGAAGAUAGAUAGAUAGAUAGAUAGAUAGAUAGAUAGAUAGAUAGAUAGAUAGAUAGAUAGAUAGAUAGAUAGAUAGAUAGAUAGAUAGAUAGAUAGAACAGUUCAGUGAGAGGUUGCUGCAGAGCUGGAAAUUCAUCCUCAUGGUGACAUCAUUUCAUUCUGCAUCUGCUUAGAAAUAAAUACAUUUGAACUGCUUCCACUUUUGUUCUCUUUUUUUAAACAAACACACACUGAGCAAUAUUUCUUCUCAAACACAUAGUUUUUAUGUAACAACAUAUUAAUUCUGUAAUGCUUGUUAAUUGCAGAUAUAUACAAUGAUUUACAACUGAUACCAAUACUUCCAGCUGCAGAAGCUACUGGGGGAUAAAACGGUAGAUCUCUGAUCCUGUUCCAGAAAUAUGGUGUUCCAUGAAC